UUUCUGAAUGGAAUCAUUCCAGACACUCUCACUGGCUGCCACAGCAGAUCUGUGCAACAGGGACCUGGAGCUGAACCUCCUCUGUGUAUGAAAACACUCUGCAAACAUGGCUGGUAAAAUUCAGAGUCUGACUGAGGAGGAGAGGACCCACCUACUCCCCCUGCUAAGCAAUGCUCAGUGGGUGGAGGUUGUGGGACGGGACGCCAUUUACAAAGAGUUUAUUUUCAAAGACUUUAAUCAGGCUUUUGGCUUCAUGUCCAGAGUGGCUUUGCAAGCAGAGAAGAUGGACCAUCACCCUGAGUGGUUCAAUGUCUAUAAUAAGGUCCAGAUCACUCUCAGCACACAUGACUGUGGGGGGCUGUCCCAGCGAGACAUCACGUUGGCCACUUUCAUCGACCAGGCAUCAAUGAUGUGAGCAACACACUUUAACAGCUAACAGCUCCUCGUGUGUUCAUUCCUCUGAGAAAUCUGAUGUGACCUGCAAAUCCAAAGAAUACUUACUUCCAUUAAAAUGUGAAAAAUGUAACUCUAGGUUCUGCAAAGGGUCCAAUGUGUGUUUUAAAAAUAUGUUGUUUGUUUUGCACAUUCAUUAAUUAUGAACCAAAUAUAAAAUAAUGUUUACACAUAAAACAUUUCAAGUAAUUUCUCAGCAACUAUUCCAGUUAUUACAGAUAAUAUUCCCAAUGUUCACACGUGUCCCUUUUUCUCCCAACUGGUGUCUUAUUCGCCAAUGUUUUUGUACUGUACUGUCAGUAAAUAAUAUUUUCUCUGUCAAA